AGCAGUGGGUACCCCGCGGAAGUUGAUUUGUAGUGUGAAGAUAUGGUAAUUUGCGUGGAUAAUUUACAUGAAAUGGUGUUAAAGGCUUAAUUGUAGUACAGUAUUUUUCCCAACGGUUUUGAUAUUCUGUUACAGGAGCAGAACAGAACCUGUUGCUGAAAAUGUUGGAGUGUGGGAUGCUGGAGCGGGACAGGCUGGCUAUUCGGAGGCAGUCUGCUAUCCUGUGCAAACAGCUGGUCGUUGAUGAGCUGCUCAUUCAGUCACUGCAGGCAGAUGAUAUCUUAACCGAGAGCAUGGCAGAAAGCAUCAUGGCCGAACAAACAUCUCAGAAACGCAGCUGGCGUUUGUUACUUCUCCUACCAAAGCGAGGACCCAAAGCCUUCAGAAGUUUCUGUUCAGCUCUCAGAGAAACUGAGCAGCAGCACCUGUGUGACCUGCUCACACAAUCACCUGUACAAGAUGGCAGAGAGACGCAUGUAGAUAGUAGUCACCCUGAGAAAGUGCCAGAGGGUCAGGCAGGGCAACUGGAGGGAGCACAAAAGAGGAGAGAGACAUCCAUAUUAGACCAAGAGGACAAGAGUGAGGUGAGCAGCAGCUCAUCAUUCCCAGUCCAAGUCACAGGUAGAUGCUGCUGCUCAGAAUCAUCAUGCAGGGAGGAGGACAGGAACAAAGAGAGACAAAAGACGAAGGCGAGAGGAAGUGAGAAGCAGACAGAUACAAUAGUGGGGUCUUCUCUUCCACUUCCAACUCAGGAGGAGUUUGCUGCCAAGAGAGCAAGAACACAUGAGUCCAUGGAGUUCAGUCUUGAUGCCGACAGCCCCAUCAACACUCCUGUUCUCCCGUGCGCUCCAGAGUUUUACCACUCUCACUGCCAGCAGGCUUACAGAAUGAAUUCAUCUCCUCGUGGCUAUGCUUUAGUGAUCAGCAAUGUGAGCUUUGACUCUUGUGCUGCUCCUGACCUUGACCUAAGGAAGGGCGGUGAGGUGGAUGCAGAAGUCCUUAGGAAAGUUUUUACAGAACUGGACUAUCACGUCAGUGUCCACAAAGACCUUACUGCUCAGGGCAUGAGGUCUUGUAUUGAGAAUUUCUGCAGACGGCCAGAACACCGAACAGUGGACAGCUGUGUGGUGUGUCUGCUCUCCCACGGAGUGGAAGGAGCAAUUUAUGGCACAGAUGGACAGCUCCUGCAGCUUGACUGGGUGUUUGAGGCCUUUGACAACGCUCAUUGUCCACUGCUUCAAAACAAGCCGAAGAUGUUUUUCAUUCAGGCCUGCAGAGGAGAUGAGAUGGACUGUGGAGUGGAGCAGAUAGACGGCCCAGUUAGGACUCUCUCACCAAGCUGCGAACAGAGGGAUGCUGGGAGAGAAGGACAGGGGGAUGUAGACCCCAGACAGAGAGUGGACAUGGGGAGACCAAGGAUUAAACUGCCGCAGCGGUCAGAUAUGAUCUGUGGCUUUGCAUCUCUCAAAGGUCAGAGAAUUUGCACAGCAGCGAUGCGAAACACCAAAAGGGGGUCCUGGUUCAUCCAGGAACUCAACACAGCACUCCGGCUUAAUGCCAGAAACACACACCUUGCAGACAUCCUGGUGCAGGUAAACGGACGUAUCAAGGAGAGGGAAGGUUACGCUCCAGGCACCGCCCACCAUCGCUGCAAAGAGAUGUCAGAGUUCACCAGCUCACUCUGCAAAGACCUCUACCUUUUCCCCAAGUACCAGCACCAGUAUUGACAUGUAAAAGUGCACUUUAAAUCAACACACACACAGAUCAUUCCUUUCAUUGAAGCCAUUCACACACAACUGCUCAUCGCACAUUUCCACACACUCAGACAUUCCCCCGUUACAACUUUACACGAAACAUGUUUUUUUUUUCUUCUUCUUUUCUUUUUCUUCUUCUUCUUUUUGUCAAUUUAAACCACAGAUGUGCAUGAGAACACACUGAGAUAAAUCUGAAAAGAAGUAAAAAGCAAGCUUAUGUUAAUCUGCAUGUACUUCGAAAUGGGUAAUAAUAUCGCAUACAACAAACUCAUGUAUCUGUGUGUCUGUGUCCAUGCCAGUUAGAGGAUUUGUAUGUUAAUCCUUUUCAGUCAAACUGCACAGCUACUUUAGAGGUUUCAGAAAUCUCUCUUUUUAAAAUUUAUUUUGUACACAGAUCUAUUUUUGUGGCUUGAUUUUGUAUGAAAUUGUUUUUAUAAGAAUUUUUAAGCCCUUGCUUUUGUUUGUACAUGGUCGUUAUUGUGACCACUUGUUGUUUCUAGUUUAGCGACAGGCAGGGGGCAGCACCACAGAGAACAAGUGCAUUUCAUCACUGUUCAAAAUAUUCCAUAUUGUCAUGAUUGCAGACAGCUAUGGCAUUCCUUUCAUGCAGGUAUAUUUAUCAUGAAACAGUUUUUUUUAAACACUCAUAUUAAAUAAAACAUUUUUUCCUUAAUUUGCCUUAUGAGGAGGAAAAAUUACAAAGCAGCUUUAAAGGGAAGUCUUGAAGUCUUUCAGUUAUUUUCCUUUUCGCAUUUUGCCUUUGGAUGUUCAGUGGAGAAAAAGGAAAAAAAAAUUAAAUGUAAAUUUCAUUGAUCUCAUUGAUAGUAAAUUAGGUUGGGGUGGCGGGCUGGAAUGUGGUGCUACUUGGAUCAUUACCUACAUGAUAAACUGAUUAUUAUUUCUGUUUUUCUCCCCAUUUGGGAGUUGCAUAUUUAGUGUCCUUAUUGUACCCUACUGUAUCCGACAUGGUAAGGAUAGAAAAUGUCUUCCAUAAGCAAUAUGCAGUUUUUUACAGCAGCCUGUGCCAUGUGAGGAUGACUCAUUCGAUACAUGUAUGACCAUGAUGGUGCUUUCAUAUAAAGAUUUGCAUUUCUGAACGCAGUGUACUUAGUUACAACAGUGUUGUAUUGCAGAAAGAAGAAUACUUGGUUAAAAAAUAUUGGUUGUUAACAAUCUGUACACAAAAAGACUUAAAGAUGCUGUGUAUGAGGUGGUCAUGUUUAUUCUACUCUGAAGUACUCAAUCCUUUUAAUGAUUUUCAUUUUAUGGUUAAGCGAUAUCAUUUAAAGAGGGAAAUGCUGGAGUGUUGUAAAAGCUUAGCUUUCCUGAAAGAUGAAAGGUUUUAAAGGUUGUUUGCUGCCAAGCUCUUCUUAGUUGUUUGUGGAGGAUGCUAAAGACAUUUUAUUCUGUCGCCAAUGACUGCCAAUUAUUCCAUACAAUAAAAAAGCUAUGGCUUUUUAAAAAGA